AUGCUAAACAACGAGCUCGCUAACCUCGUGGAUCAGCAGAAACGCUCCGUGCAGGAUGCGUUGGAGGCGCAGAAGGUGCACAUUCGUGUGCAGCAGCGUAAAGGGAAGAAGUUUGUUACGUCCGUGCAGGGACUCAACCAGGCGCUCAACUUCCGCCGCAUCAGCCGUGAGUUCCAGCGGCGAUGGGGUUGCAACGGCACCGUCAUUGUGACGCCGGAUGCGGGCACUGUCAUUCAACUGCAGGGCAACUGGAGCGAGGAGAUUAAAAAGUUCCUUCUUGAUGAGAACAUGGCGACAGAGCAAAACUUAGAGAUCCACUCUCUGAACUAA